GUGUGACCAUAGCCAAGCUAAGGUCCACUUGCCUCCUGUCGCCUCUACAUCAACAACAACACCUACAUCCUGUACUCAUUGUAACUCUCAGUUAACUCUCCUGUGCUCCUUGUAACUCUCCUGUACUCCUUGUAACUCUCAGUUAACUCCUGUACUCCUUGUAACUCUCAGUUAACUCCUGUACUCCUUGUAACUCUCAGUUAACUCUCCUGUACUCCUUGUAACUCAGUUAACUCUCCUGUGCUCCUUGUAACUCUCCUGUACUCCUUGUAACUCUCAGUUAACUCUCCUGUACUCCUUGUAACUCUCAGUUAACUCUCCUGUACUCCUUGUAACUCUCAGUUAACUCUCUUGUACUUCUUGUAACUCUCAGUUAACUCUCCUGUACUCCUUGUAGCUCUCAGUUAACUCUCCUGUACUCCUUGUAACUCAGUUAACUCUCCUGUACUCCUUGUAACUCAGUUAACUCCUGUACUUGUAACUCCCACCUGUCUUCUUCUGUACUCCUUGUAACACCCACCUGUCUCCUGUACUCCUUGUAACCCCACCUAACUACACAAAAUGGCAGAAUUUGUCGAACAGCGCAUUGAAGAAACCAUUCCCGAGAUGGAGGAGAUGGAGCGGAUCGGUCUCUUAGCACCAAAGGAAGUGAAAAAGCUUAUUCAGAAGAGGAGGGACUUCCAGUAUCGCCUUGCCCGAAGGUCAAAAAACAAGUCUGAUUUUUUUAAUUAUAUAAAUUAUGAGAGAAAACUUAUUGAAUUGAUCAGAAUCAGGCGGAAGCAAAUUGGAAUACAUGAGAAGCGCAAGCAAAUUGAAACUGCCAUAUCAAAAAGAGUGAUUAGACAAUUACGUUACGUGACCCGUGUUUGGCCAUCACAUCUUGAUACCUGGAAACUUAGGAUUUGUUUUGCCCAGUUCAUUGGGUGGAAGGAAGAGAUUAGCAGUACAUUUGCAGAACAAAUUCGCUACCAUAGCAAUCAAGAAAAUGUAUGGGUGGCUUGGGCAAAGUGGGAAAUUGAAGAAAGGCAGAAUUUUGAUAAAGCAAGAACAAUUCUGCUCUCUAAAGCUUCUCUACACCACCCCAAGUCACGGCUUAUUAAAAGGGAGCUGUUUCGUCUUGAGCUGUUAUAUGUUGAGUUUCUUAUGAAUAAACUGAAGAAUGACAACAUUGCUGGCUUGGAGGAAAUCAUCGCAGAGAACCGUGAAAAGGUGUUGAACUGUGCCGUUGCCAAGGCAGUAUACAAAGAUGCUGUUUCUUCUCUCCCUGACCCGGAACUGUAUUUGGAACUCUACCAGGUAGCUGAUAAGUUUGAGUAUGCCCACACUCUGCGAGAUGAAAUUUACAGAGAUCUUUCUGAUAAAUUCACAAAUGCUGAUGGUGUAUGGAAGCUCAGAGCUCAAAGAAAGGCGUUAGGCUUGCCAGAAAUGAAGAGUGAUGGGGAAAAGAGUGACAGCAUAUCUGGUAAAGUAAGUGAAGAUAAGGAAGCGGAAAUGGAAAAUGGUAGUGAGGAAACCAAGAUAAGGACUGAAGACCUUUCGGAUAGUGAGGAGAAGGAUUCGGAAGCUUCAGAAGAGAAAAAUGUCAUAGAUAACAAAGUUAUGGAUGUCAUACUGCCAAGAAGUUUAGAGGCAGUGGAGAAGUUGGAAUGUAUCAUGUCUACAUUUGAUGAAGCCAUACAAGUAAUUGGAGGAACGUUUGUAAAUACCUACUGUGCCGAGCUUCUCCCUCUGCUGUACCAGUGUUGGGGCGAGACAACCAUGGCUGACCUGAUAUUCAAGAAGCUGAUCAGUUUGUGUGAGGCACAUACAAGUGUGUUAUCUCCGCUCAUUUUCUUUAUAUGGUCUCAGGUAUUGUGUGAGAUGUCCCGACCAGUCGGUGAGAUGCAGUCCGUUUUAGAAGAGGCUCUAAAAUGUCACCCAGAAGUAGCCCAUUUGCGGUUGAAAUUUGUGCAACUCAUCACCAGAACAUUGGUUAAUAAAGAGAUGAUGGAAGAAUUUGACAAAGUGGCUGUUUCGAUGAAGGGUGAGUGUGGCCUCCAGGCAUGGAUGGAGGUGAUAAAGCAUGUGUCAGAUGACUUGCUGAGGACCAAGAUGUUUCUCCAGGCUGUUGAUCAUGAGGAUCCCACAGUGUCUCAGGGAAUGAGAGUCCAAUAUCUGAAACAGACUGGCCUUCAGAAAGGUAUUAAGAGCGCUCGCAAAUUGUACCGAAAGUUGAGUUGGAGACCACCAUUUACUGCUAGACUUCAUGCUAUGAUGGUUGAGUUUGAACUGGCAGAGAUCACUAUAGAUGCUGAGGAGGUCAGACAAGUAUUUAAUAAUGCUCUGCAACAACAUGGAACAACACACCCAGGAGUGUGGUUAGCAUAUAUUCAGUUUGAGAAGCGCCAUGGUGAUCCCUUGAAGACUGGAGGACUCUACACAAGAGCAGAGAAAGAGCUAGAAGCCAACCAUGCCCACAUAUUCAGGGAGCUCAAUAUAACUAUUAGGGAGCUACUUGAAGAGGUGGCUACAUCAGUUUCUGAUGAUGAAAACAAGAGCAUUCUGAUUGAAAAUCUGAGGGAUGAAGAUUCAGAAGAAGUUGCGUGUGUGUGUAAGCCAGCUCUAGCCACUCUGUACAAAGAGGAACUGAUACUUUCAAAAUCUGCUGACGAGGCUCGCAAGAGGUUCUUCUUAAGCAUUAACAGUAUGGAGAAACAAAUCAGUAAAGGUAACACUGAUGCUCCAAAGGAAGAUGGAAGUGAAUGGGAGCAUGUAUUGCAAAUUUUAAUUGGUCACAAGAUUGCAUUAUCUGUUCAGCAAGUGAAAAUCAAACCACUUGCUUCAGAACAAAAUAUUACACCAGAAAAAGAUAUGAUUUUCCCAAGAUUUAAGAAUAGGUACCAACCAACUGACCAGUUAGAAUUGGAAGAAAGUGAAAGUGUGAAGAGCCAUCAAGACAAGAGUGUUGAGAAGAUACUCGAGACAUCUGCUGUGUUGAAGCCAGAGUUUAUGCAAAAAACUCAUCUCUCUCCAUACUUUAUUGGGAAGAAAAAGGCUAAGGAGCAACGCAAACGAGAAAGUGAGAAGACAAAGGGCCCUGGCUGGUUUGACAUGAAAGCUCCUGAAUUGACUGAGGAAGUCAAGCGAGACCUGGAGGUGCUACAGAUGCGCUCAGUCCUUGAUCCCAAGAGACAUUACAAAAACAGUGAUAUGAAGGUACUGCCCAAGUAUUUCCAGUUGGGACGUGUGGUUGAUAAUCCAGUUGAAUUCUAUUCCUCCCGUGUUUUGAAGAAAGAUCGCAAACGAACCUUAGCAGAAGAAAUUAUUCACGACGAGGAAUCUCUGCGUUACCAAAAGCGUAAGUACAAUGAAAUAAUAGCAGCCAAACAGAAGAAGGUGAUAAGACACCAGGGACAACGGAAGAAGACUGGCAAGAAGGUAAACAAGAAGGACAAGUCCAGAGUAUCUUGAUAAUCAUAUGACUAUAUUAUAGUUGUAGGCCUGUAAAAUGCCACCUUUCUAUUGUUACAUAUGUUGCUUAUAAAAUCCAUAAAUAAAUCAUGCUUCACGUGUAAAUAAAAACAAGUUUUAUUGGUAAUUAAAACAUUUUUUAAGCCCUUAUAAAAUUGUAAAUCUCUGGAGAUGUAUACACCAGUAUAUAUCUGCAGAGGUUGUAAUAAAAACGGAAGUAAACUGG